AUGGGCUUAUCGCAGCUUCCAUCAGAGGUCUUGUUGCAAAUCAUGAAUAUUCUAAUCGACCCGUAUCAAAAUGCCGAUUCCAAGCGAAGUUCUCAGAGAGCGAAUAACUUCGAAAGCCUCAUGUACAGCAACAAGCGGUUUCAGAAGCUCGGCGAGACCUUUUCGUAUCAGGCUUUCAUCCAAAAUUCUUCAAACACGCUGAGAAAAUUUAUUCGGGCACUUCUUUCUGAUCCAAUUCGGCAGAGAAUUGUCCAGACUAUCGACAUUAAAUUCAUCCCAGAACACUCCCGAAGUUUAAGCAAACUGGAAAGCCUACGACGGCGAGCAGGGUUUCUCAAUUCUGAGUCGACGUAUACGCAAGAACAAUUGGAUCAAAUCAAACCAUAUCUCGAUUCUCUGAAUCUCCCUCCAAAGGUAAACCUCAAAUGGCUGCGUGAAAUCCAGGACGGCAGCUGGGCCGCCGAAGCUGCACUCAUCAUUGCCAUCCUCCCAAACCUUCGAGAAAUUCGCAUUCGAAACUGCACCAAAGAGUUCGCUGAGAACAAGAGUCUCAUCAACAUUGCGCUCUCGACCGGACGUCUUCGGUGGCCAGGGAAAACCUUGGGGAAAUUGUCCCUAAGAAGUGAAGUGCAAGAUGGAACUACCAACUCUCACGACCUGCGACGAAUGACUCUUGAGGAUAUCGUGUCAGAUACACUUUUCAACACCUCAAUCCACACCUUGGAGCUACUCAAUAUGCGCAAACAGACUUUAGUCAGCGGUACCCGUGAUCAGCUCGCACAAUUGCAGCAAUCUGAGGCUGUCGAUACCUUUUGGGUACAAAACACACGCGUCAAAUUCCCAUUCAAAGGACUCCAUCUGAGAGAAUGCAAUUUGCCAGCUUCUACACUCCAGAGUUUGCUUCUUGCCUCUCCUAAGCUUGAGAGUCUGGUUUACGAACACAAACUCGUCCAACCGGAAUUUAAAUUCACGCUUGAGUUUUUUAUCAAGCAUAUCGAUCAUCUCAAAUCUACGUUACGCGAGCUAGAGAUUUAUCAGCCUCGAAGAUGGGAAACAAAUGAAACAGCAGUGCCGGAAAUACAGCCUGCUUGUUCUUUAUUGACAUUUGAGAAAUUACAAAAUCUUUCAAUAUCCGCAAACCUCGUCACUUCGCUCAUUGCGCCGAAAGAUGAUCAAAUCUUCCCCUCAAACAAUAUCAAUUUUGAGACGGCACGGAAUGAAAAUUCUGCGUCGAACUUUUCCGAUAGCUUGCCUCCAUCGAUCACAGAGUUGAAAAUCGUAGAUUGUGAUCUCAAGGAGGUAUCACCUCCCAUUUUCGAACUGCUGGAUCACAAGUUCGAUUUUCCGAAGCUAAAAUUAAUCGUGCUGGUCGCUAGAAAGACUGGUCAUAAGGAAACUAGACCAGAAGAUGCUGGGUUCACGAUGGACCCGACGGACUCGGAUAGCAGCGAGGAACUAUCGGACACUGAAAAUGAAAAGGAUAUAGAAAAGACGGAGUUUGAAGAGCGGAGGAGAAUGGAAAGUAGUGUUAGAAAUGAGCUGGAGAUCGCAGCUUGGGAGAAUGAUGUCAAGUUGGAAAUUAUUGUGGGUGGUAGGCCGUCGACUGUGUAG